AUGGCACUCAUUAAUAUUCUCCUGGCUGCUGCUUUCGGAGUCAAUCUGGUAGCAGCGCAGAUGCAGUGUAACGGGUACCGUCUGCCCGCGUAUGACGAUUGCGAUACUGUUAUCUCUGACUUUGCAAUGAGAGACAAUGAGGAAGUCUUCCACGAGAAUGGAGAGGACAGCAUCCCCCAACCCUCGUGCAAGUGGUGGUAUAAGAAUGAUGGCAACUGCCGCAUCACCCACUGCUAUACAAUGACAAAUGAUGCUGCUGGAACUGUCAUGAAGCGUACCGGAAGUGCAAUUGCUUCGGACUACGACAAGGUUCACGACAAGUGCGUGUCGUGGCGAGCCGGUGGCACCUAUACCGAGACCUUUACCAUCACCGACGUUUUCAACGACGAGGACCAGUCGACACCAGCCCUCACUGAUGUUAGCACUAGCUCAAGUGGAGUUGUAUCGGGCAAGACAUCGUUAGAGGCCUAUUACAAGUGGAAGGCCGAACAUGCUCCAAAGGAUGAACCAGCCGAAGCUCGUCAGAAAGCACGUUCUAUCCCAGCCAAGAUGGUCGAGCGAGUACGAAAUCAGAAGCGCGAUGGCGUCAAAGACGACAAAGAGUUCAAUACUCCAUUCUCUGCAAUUGGCGUCCGCAAUACCGGUGCUGUUGAGUAUGGCCCCCGCCUGGGCACUGGAGUUGGCUACAAGUACGAGGUGUCAGAAAGCACCAAAUGGUCUGUGUCCACCUCAAUUGAGCUGGGCGGUGCAUGGAAUAUUUUCACGGCCAGUAUGGGGAUCACAGUCAGCCGUGAAGAUACUUUCACUGUCACUGAAGGCUUAACGUUUGACGUCAAGUGCGACAAGACCGGCCAGGUCCUGUUCUACCCUUUCUAUGACUAUUACCAGACUCAAUUCUUCCCAAGUGAGACCUGGGCGGACAUUUGGGUUCCUGUUCACUCUGGAAAGAACAUUAAUGGAGAGAUCGCAAUAAACUGCUUGGGUUGA